AUGGGGUUCGUCCAAACCUGGAACGCUAAGAUCGCCGCCGGCCCGGUUGGCCGAUGGUUCCAGCUCGAAGGCUCCGGCCAUCCCCGUGAGCGCAAGGGAUCACUCUUCUUCACCGAGCUCCGCGCCGGCCUCGUCGCCUUCUUUGCCAUGGCCUACAUUAUCGCCGUCAACUCGUCCAUCGUGGCCGAUUCGGGCGGAACCUGCGUCUGCCCGCGUACCGAGGAGGACUUCACUUGCGACAAGGAUCAGGACUAUCUGUUGUGCCUCAAUGAGGUCAAGCGCGACAUCGUAACUGCCACCGCAGCCAUUUCCGCACUGGCCACCUUCUUCAUGGGACUCCUCGCCAACAUGCCCGUUGGUGUCGCCCCGGGUAUGGGCUUGAACGCUUACUUUGCCUACACCGUCGUCGGGUAUCAUGGAACCGGCGCCGUGCCCUAUCAGGUCGCCCUUACCGCCAUCUUCAUCGAGGGCUUCAUUUUCUUCGGGCUUGCCCUCCUCGGCAUGCGCCAGUGGCUUGCCCGUGCCAUACCCCGUUGCAUUAAGCUUGCCACCGGUGUCGGUAUCGGCCUCUUCCUUACCCUGAUCGGGUUGACCUACAGUGAAGGUAUUGGCCUGAUCGUUGGUGCCACUUCGACCCCCCUUGAGCUGGCCGGUUGCUUGCAGAGUGAGCUCGUCGAUGGCCUGUGCCCUUCAUCUACCAAAAUGCGCAGCCCGAUGAUGUGGAUCGGUAUCUUCUGCGGCGGUAUCCUAACCGUCAUGCUGAUGAUGUACCGCUUCAAGGGCGCAAUCCUCGCCGGUAUUAUUCUCGUCAGCAUCAUCUCCUGGCCUCGCGGUACCGACGUCACCUACUUCCCAUACACCCCUGUUGGGGACUCCAACUUUGACUUCUUCAAGAAGGUUGUCGACUUCCACCCCAUUCAGAGGACCCUCAAUGUUCAGGAGUGGAAUGUUGGAGGAUACAGCGGCGCCUUUGGUCUCGCUCUUAUCACCUUCUUGUACGUCGACAUUCUCGAUUGCACCGGCACUCUCUACUCCAUGGCCCGCUUCGCGAACCUCAUCGAUGAGGAAACCCAGGAUUUUGAGGGAUCAUCUGUCGCCUACAUGGUUGAUGCUCUCAGCAUCUCUAUUGGCGCUAUCUUCGGAACCCCUCCUGUUACAGCCUUUGUCGAGUCUGGAGCUGGAAUCUCCGAGGGAGGCAAGACAGGCUUGACCGCCAUGGCUACGGGACUCUGCUUCUUCAUCUCGAUCUUCUUUGCUCCCAUCUUCGCUUCCAUUCCCCCAUGGGCCACUGGUUGCGUACUGAUCCUUGUUGGAUCCAUGAUGGUUCGCGCCGUUACCGAAAUCAACUGGAGAUACAUGGGUGAUGCUAUUCCCGCCUUUAUCACUUUGGCUCUUAUGCCUUUCACCUACUCUAUUGCCGAUGGUCUUAUCGGUGGCGUGUGCAGCUACAUCCUCAUCAACACUCUUGUUUGGGUCAUUGAGAAGGCCUCCGGCGGCCGCAUUGUUCCCCACAACAAGCACGAGAAGGACCCCUGGACCUGGCGUAUCCCUGGCGGUAUUCUCCCUCCUUGGGUUCGCCGUCUUCUCAAGGGCAAGAAGGACUUCUGGCGCGCCGACGAGCAGAAAUCUAUCAGCAAUGCCGAGUCUCGGCCCCUGGAGAAGACUGUCAGCUCCGAGCAGGGCGGCUCUGUGAACGGCAAGGACAAGGGCGUUGGUGAGACUAUCACUCCCCACGGCGACAGAUCAUCAUAA